AUGCAGAUUGUUAAGGAACUUCUUGAUAAUCGUGCCAGUGAAACAUCAAGUCGACCUUCUAUCCAUGCACUGGACGCAAUUUGUGGAGGAAACUUCUUUGCUUUGGCAUCAUCACAUACCGACCUCUGGAAAACGGGUAAAAAAUUAAUCGGCCCCUUUAUGACACCGAACGCUAUCAAACCACGUAUCCCUGUUGUCGAGCGAGAGAGCCUCCAACUCUUGCAAGAUCUUGUACGGAGCCCAGAAAACCUAUGCGCCCACAUAUUUCGAUUCUCCUUAUCGUCUGUAACCACCAUCGUAUAUGGGGAAAGAGUGACUACCCACGACUCGGUUUAUAGCACCGAGUUCUCGGGAUAUCUUGAACACUUCCUUAAAGCGAUAUCGCCAGAAUCCGCCCCUGUAGAUCUUAUACCUCUUCUUCGAUAUAUUCCUGCACGCUUUGCCCCAUGGAAAGGCGUUUGGAAGGAGACUGGAUUGCGCCAGCGACGCAUCUACUCAUCAUUUUUUGAAGACGCCGAACGUGAAAUCAAAAGUGGACGGCGGAGUGGAAAUUUCAUUGAGACUAUAUUGAAUAGACAGGAAGAACUUGGACUAAGUCGUGAUCUAGCUGUCUACCUUGGAGGAUCCAUGUUAGAUGCAGGGACAGAAUCAACAUCCGCUAUAGUUCAAUCUCUUAUUCUAUGCCUCGCCCAGUAUCCCGACGUUAUGAAAAAGGCUCAAGAUGAAAUUGACAGUUAUGUUGGAGAUGGAAGGUUACCAGUACCUGGUGAUAUCGAUGGCCUACCUUACGUCCAAGCUGUUGUUAAAGAGGUCCAUCGUUUCAGAACGGCUGCCCCAACUGGACUACCACACGCGCCAACGCAUGAUCUUGAGUAUCGAGGUUGUAUCAUUCCAAAAGGAGCCACAAUCAUGGUUAACGUUUGGGCGAUACUCCAUGACCCAGGUCAGUAUUGCGGAUCCUUAUCCAUAUUCUUCACCAGGAAUAGUAUUAAAAUUCUGGAUCAUUCAGAGCUCUUUGAAUGUCCGGACACAUUUUGGCCGGAAAGGUAUCUUUUAAAUCCAAAUGGGACCAGGCCAGGACUGGAGAAAGAUUACACCGUACGAACGAGCCUGCAUUUCGGUAGCGGAAAGAGGCUCUGUCCUGGGAUGCACUUUUCUAACACAUUGAUGGGUAUCGUGGCCAUGCGACUGCUAUGGGCUUUUAAUUUCAGUCCAGAGAACGGAUCCGCUAAGCCACACAACACUUUGGAUAUUAUUGAUGGAUAUACAGAGGGAAUUGCAUUUGCUCCUAAAGAUUUGAAAUGCAAAAUUGUCCCUCGGAGCCAAGAAAAGAUCGAUAUCAUCACUGAGUAUUACGAUAACCAAAAUCGCAAAAUAUAG